UUUCUUUUUGAGUUGAGCGGUUCGGUUUCGGUCGCUGCACCGUCGCUUGUAUACUGAAUAUUUAUACACUUACGGUGAUCAGUAUUUUAACGCGGAUACGGUGUUGUGUUCUUGUUAGUAAGAAGCCGGUUUUUAGCGCCUGCGGCAACCUGUUGUUGGUGUUUGCUAGUUUAUGGCUUAAACUCUACGACUUGUUCUCUUUCGGAACAGAAAACUAAAGACAACAAAAAGAAAGAAGCAGGAGAACCAGGAGAAGAGACGAACCCGACCGAUCUGACUUUGUAUGUAUUUGAAUUUGCCAGGAUCAGUAAAUGAAGGACGACGAAUAUGGUGAUUGUAACACGUGGUGACUACAUCUGGAUAGAGCCCGCUUCGGGUCGAGAAUUCGAUGUGGCCAUUGGAGCACGUGUCAUCUCGGCGGAGGGUCGACGCAUUCAAGUGCGUGACGAUGAUGGCGAUGAGGUUUGGCUUGCACCGGAGCGUCGCAUCAAGGCCAUGCACGCGUCAUCGGUGCAAGGUGUGGAGGAUAUGAUAUCUUUGGGAGAUCUACAUGAGGCUGGAAUUUUGAGAAAUUUACUCAUCCGUUACCAGGAAAAUCUAAUAUAUACAUAUACCGGUUCCAUAUUGGUUGCCGUUAAUCCCUACCAAAUACUCCCCAUUUAUACAGCCGAUCAGAUCAAAUUGUAUAAGGAGCGUAAAAUUGGUGAACUGCCUCCGCAUAUUUUUGCCAUUGGCGAUAAUGCAUAUGCGCAUAUGAAACGCUAUCGCCAGGAUCAAUGUAUAGUUAUAUCGGGAGAAUCGGGUGCCGGUAAGACGGAAAGCACAAAAUUGAUAUUACAAUAUUUGGCGGCAAUAAGCGGCAAACAUUCUUGGAUCGAGCAACAAAUUCUUGAAGCUAAUCCCAUAUUGGAGGCCUUUGGCAAUGCCAAAACAAUACGCAAUGAUAAUUCGUCACGCUUUGGCAAAUAUAUAGAUAUACAUUUUAGUGCUAAUGGUGUGAUCGAGGGAGCCAAAAUCGAACAAUAUUUAUUGGAGAAGUCACGCAUUGUUUCACAGAAUCACAGUGAACGCAAUUAUCAUGUGUUCUAUUGCAUUCUGGCUGGAUUAUCGACGGAUGAGAAGAGUCGUCUGGAUUUGGGGGUGGCAGCUGAUUACAAAUACCUAACUGGUGGCAAUAGCAUUACCUGCGAAGGACGUGACGAUUCCGCUGAAUUCUCGGAUAUACGAUCGGCCAUGAAAGUUUUACUAUUCUCCGAUCAAGAGAUAUGGGAAAUAAUAAAACUAUUGGCUGCCCUACUCCAUUGUGGCAAUAUUAAAUAUAAAGCAACUGUAGUGGAUAAUCUCGAUGCAACCGAAAUACCAGAGCAUAUCAAUGUGGAACGUGUUGCUGGUCUAUUGGGUCUACCGAUUCAACCUUUAAUCGAUGCCCUAACCAGACGAACUCUAUUCGCCCAUGGCGAGACAGUUGUGUCCACCCUAUCGCGGGAGCAAUCUGUGGAUGUACGAGAUGCCUUUGUGAAGGGCAUUUACGGACGUCUUUUUGUGCAUAUUGUGAAAAAGAUCAAUACGGCCAUCUAUAAACCCCGGGCCACUUCGCGCAAUGCCAUCGGAGUGCUGGAUAUUUUCGGUUUCGAGAAUUUCGAUCAAAAUAGUUUCGAACAAUUUUGCAUUAACUAUGCGAAUGAGAAUUUGCAACAGUUUUUCGUGCAACAUAUAUUCAAACUCGAACAAGAGGAAUACAAUCAUGAGGCCAUUAAUUGGCAGCAUAUUGAAUUUGUUGAUAAUCAAGAUGCUUUGGAUUUAAUAGCCAUCAAGCAAUUGAACAUUAUGGCCUUAAUUGAUGAAGAGGCACGCUUUCCCAAGGGCACGGAUCAGACAAUGUUGGCCAAAUUACACAAGACACACGGAUCGCAUAAGAAUUAUUUGAAACCGAAAUCGGAUAUAAACACUAGCUUUGGGUUAAAUCAUUUUGCUGGUGUGGUCUUUUAUGAUACUCGUGGUUUCUUGGAUAAAAAUCGUGAUACAUUUAGUCCAGAUCUGUUGCAUUUGGUUAGCCAAAGUGGCAAUAAAUUUCUGCGACAAAUUUUCGCACAAGAUAUUGAAAUGGGGGCUGAGACAAGGAAACGAACUCCCACCCUAUCGACACAGUUUCGUAAGAGUUUGGAUGCUCUUAUGAAGACUCUGUGCAGUUGCCAGCCAUUUUUCAUACGUUGUAUUAAGCCCAAUGAACUGAAAAAGCCUAUGAUGUUUGAUCGUGGCUUAUGUUGUCGGCAAUUGCGUUACUCGGGCAUGAUGGAGACCAUACGGAUACGUCGAGCUGGUUAUCCCAUACGACAUGGUUUUAGAGAAUUUGUCGAGAGAUAUCGCUUCUUAAUACCUGGAGUACCGCCAGCUCAUCGUACCGAUUGCCAAGCGGCUACAUCAAGGAUAUGCGCCAUGGUUUUGGGUAAAUCGGAUUAUCAAUUGGGUCAUACGAAAGUUUUUCUAAAGGAUGCUCAUGAUCUAUUCUUGGAACAAGAACGAGAUCGUGUUUUGACAAGGAAAAUCCUAAUACUUCAACGUAGUAUACGUGGUUGGGUCUAUCGACGACGUUUUCUGCGCUUGCGAGCAGCAGCAAUUACCGUGCAAAGAUUCUGGAAGGGUUAUGCCCAACGGAAACGUUAUCGUAAUAUGCGUGUCGGCUAUAUGCGUUUACAGGCUCUGAUACGGUCAAGAGUGUUAUCGCAUAGGUUUCGUCAUUUGCGUGGUCAUAUUGUGGGUCUACAGGCUCAUGCCCGUGGCUAUUUGGUUAGACGUGAAUAUGGCCAUAAAAUGUGGGCCGUCAUUAAGAUACAAUCGCAUGUCCGUCGCAUGAUUGCCGUGCGACGAUAUCGCAAACUUCGUCUCGAACACAAACAAUUUGCCGAAGUGCUGCAAUUACGGAAAUUGGAAGAGCAAGAGCUACUGCAUCGUGGCAAUAAGCAUGCACGUGAAAUAGCCGAACAGCAUUAUCGUGAUCGUUUGCAUGAGUUGGAACGUCGUGACUUGCAGGAACAACUCGAGGAUCGUCGUCGCGUGGAGGUGAAGAAGAAUAUCAUCAAUGAUGCUGCCCGCAAGCAAGAAGAACCCGUCGAUGAUAGCAAAUUGGUUGAGGCAAUGUUUGAUUUUCUACCCGAUUCGAGUAGCGAUGCUCCCACACCACAUGCCGGCCGUGAGACUUCAGUUUUCAAUGAUUUACCCCAUGCUCAGACAGUGAAUCAAGAUGAUAUUAUUGCUCCCAUGCAUAUAUCCGAGGAUGAGGAGGAUUUGUCGGAAUUUAAAUUUCAGAAAUUCGCUGCAACAUAUUUCCAGGGCAAUGUCAAUCAUCAGUAUGCGAAGAAGGCUUUAAAGCAUCCGCUGCUGCCAUUGCAUACACAAGGUGAUCAGUUGGCCGCCCAGGCAUUAUGGAUCACCAUAUUGAGAUUUACGGGUGAUAUGCCAGAGCCAAAAUAUCAUACAAUGGAUCGCAUGGAUACCACAUCCGUGAUGUCCAAAGUGACGGCAACUUUGGGUAGAAAUUUCAUUAGGAGUAAGGAAUUCCAGGAAGCUCAACUGAUGGGAAUGGAUCCGGAUGCUUUUCUCAAACAAAAACCUCGUUCCAUACGCCACAAACUUGUCUCAUUGACAUUGAAACGAAAGAACAAAUUGGGUGAGGAUGUUCGCCGACGAUUGCAGGAUGAUGAAUACACUGCGGAUAGCUAUCAAUCGUGGCUGCAAUCGCGUCCAACUUCAAAUCUGGAGAAGCUACACUUUAUCAUUGGCCAUGGCAUAUUGAGAGCUGAGCUGCGUGAUGAAAUCUAUUGUCAGAUAUGCAAACAAUUGACAAAUAAUCCCUUGAAAUCGUCACAUGCCAGAGGAUGGAUAUUGUUAUCGUUAUGCGUUGGUUGUUUUGCCCCCUCGGAGAAGUUUGUCAACUAUUUGCGAGCAUUUAUACGUGAAGGACCACCCGGUUAUGCGCCAUACUGUGAGGAGCGUUUGAAGCGUACGUUUAACAAUGGGACACGUAAUCAACCGCCCUCGUGGUUGGAGUUACAGGCAACGAAAUCAAAAAAACCCAUAAUGUUACCAAUUACAUUUAUGGAUGGCAAUACGAAGACUUUGCUGGCGGAUUCGGCAACAACUGCGAGGGAAUUGUGCAAUCAGCUAUCGGAUAAGAUUACAUUGAAAGAUCAAUUUGGUUUCUCAUUGUAUAUAGCUUUAUUUGAUAAGGUUAGCUCAUUGGGCAGUGGUGGAGAUCAUGUGAUGGAUGCCAUUUCUCAGUGUGAACAAUAUGCCAAGGAACAGGGCGCCCAAGAGAGAAAUGCCCCAUGGCGUUUAUUCUUCCGCAAGGAGAUAUUUGCCCCCUGGCAUGAACCCACACAUGAUCAGGUGGCCACCAAUCUCAUUUAUCAGCAAGUGGUGCGUGGUGUUAAGUUCGGUGAAUAUCGUUGCGAUAAAGAGGAAGAUUUGGCCAUGAUUGCUGCCCAGCAAUAUUUUAUUGAAUAUGGCACGGAUAUGUCGAUGGAGCGUUUAUUUACUCUAUUGCCCAAUUUUAUACCCGAUUUCUGUUUAAGCGGUGUGGAUAAGGCAAUUGAACGUUGGGCCGCUUUGGUAUUGCAGGCCUAUAAGAAAUCCUAUUAUGUCAAGGAUAAGAUAGCAGCAUUGAAGAUUAAAGAGGAUAUUGUUAGCUAUGCCAAAUAUAAAUGGCCAUUGCUCUUCUCACGUUUCUAUGAGGCAUAUCGUAAUUCUGGACCCAAUUUACCGAAAAAUGAUGUCAUCAUAGCGGUCAAUUGGACGGGUGUUUAUGUGGUUGAUGAUCAGGAGCAAGUACUAUUAGAGCUUAGCUUUCCCGAGAUAACAGCCGUUUCCAGCCAGAAGACAAAUAAAGUAUUCACCCAAACAUUUAGUUUAUCCACUGUGCGUGGAGAGGAGUUUACAUUCCAGAGUCCAAAUGCGGAGGAUAUACGAGAUUUGGUUGUCUACUUUUUGGAUGGCCUGAAGAAGCGCUCGAAAUUUGUGAUUGCUCUGCAGGAUUAUCGUGCUCCAUCGGAUGGCACAAGUUUCUUGUCAUUCUUUAAGGGUGAUCUAAUCAUAUUGGAAGAUGAAUCAUGCGGUGAAUCUGUUCUCAAUAAUGGCUGGUGUAUAGGACGUUGUGAUCGCUCACAGGAGCGCGGUGAUUUCCCCGCCGAGACAGUCUAUGUCCUGCCGACAUUGAGUAAGCCACCGCAGGAUAUAUUGGCUCUAUUUAAUAUUGAAGAAGCCCACCAUGGACGUCGCCUGAGUAUGGCUUCCAAUGGUGGCACAGUUGAGCCUCGAGAUCGUCCUCACACUCUAAUGGAAUAUGCCUUGGAUCAUUUCCGUUUGCCACCCAAGCGAACCAUGUCCAAGACAUUGACAUUGAGCUCAAAGCGCAGUGAGGAACUCUGGCGUUAUGCCAGAGAUCCCAUCAAGGCUCCUCUGUUGCGUAAACUGCAGAGUAAAGAAGAGCUAGCCGAAGAGGCUUGCUUUGCCUUUGCUGCCAUAUUGAAGUAUAUGGGAGAUUUGCCUUCGAAACGUCCUCGGAUGGGUAAUGAGAUCACCGAUCACAUAUUCGAUGGACCCCUCAAACAUGAGAUUCUAAGGGAUGAGAUCUAUUGCCAGUUAAUGAAACAAUUGACAGAUAAUCGUAAUCGCUUGUCCGAGGAACGAGGCUGGGAGUUAAUGUGGUUGGCCACUGGUCUCUUUGCCUGUUCGCAGGGCUUACUCAAAGAACUGUUACUCUUUCUACGCACGCGUCGUCAUCCAAUCUCACAGGAUUCGAUGCAUCGUCUGCAAAAGACAAUACGCCAUGGACAGCGUAAAUAUCCGCCACAUCAGGUGGAAGUGGAGGCCAUACAGCACAAGACAACGCAAAUCUUUCACAAAGUCUAUUUCCCCGACGACACGGACGAGGCCUUUGAGGUGGAUAGCUCAACGCGUGCCAAGGACUUUUGCAAUAAUAUCUCGCAACGUUUAAAUCUACGCACCAGUGAAGGUUUCUCUUUGUUUGUAAAAAUCGCCGAUAAAGUCAUAUCCGUGCCGGAGGGUGACUUCUUCUUCGAUUUUGUUCGCCAUCUAACCGAUUGGAUUAAAAAGGCGCGACCCAUCCGGGAUGGAGCAAAUCCACAAUUCACCUAUCAGGUCUUCUUUAUGAAGAAAUUGUGGACAAACACUGUGCCAGGCAAAGAUCGUAAUGCCGAUCUGAUAUUCCAUUAUCAUCAGGAAUUGCCAAAGUUGUUGCGUGGCUAUCACAAAUGCUCCCGCGAGGAGGCAUCCAAAUUGGCUGCUUUGGUCUUCCGUGUACGAUUUGGCGAGAACAAACAAGAAUUGCAGGCCAUACCACAAAUGCUGCGAGAACUUAUACCAUCGGAUAUUAUGAAAAUGCAAAGCACCAGCGAAUGGAAACGUUCAAUUGUGGCCUCAUAUAAUCAAGACGGUGGCAUGAGUUCUGAAGAUGCCAAGGUUGCCUUCCUAAAGAUUGUCUACAGAUGGCCAACCUUUGGUUCAGCCUUUUUUGAGGUUAAACAAACCACCGAGCCGAAUUAUCCUGAAAUGUUGCUCAUUGCCAUUAAUAAGCAUGGCGUAAGUCUUAUCCAUCCAGUGACCAAAGAUAUAUUGGUCACACAUCCGUUUACUCGUAUCUCGAACUGGUCAUCGGGUAAUACAUAUUUCCAUAUGACCAUUGGUAAUCUUGUUAGAGGCUCAAAAUUACUUUGCGAGACCUCGCUGGGUUAUAAGAUGGACGAUCUACUGACUUCAUAUAUCUCGUUGAUGUUGACCAAUAUGAAUAAGAAUCGUACCAUACGAGCCAACUGAAACAAAACGAAAAACAAAUUGAAAUAUUUAUAAUAACUAUAAAUUAUAAAUUGCAAUAUAUAUAUAUAUAGAAAUAUAUAUGCCUAGUACAUUUAGUUAAGUAAAAAGAGAACACUAUACAUUCCUUUCCUACAUAUUCACACCGAA